AAAUUGAUUAUUUGUUGAAAAUCUAUUUAAUAUAUAUUUGUGUUGCUCCAUAUAAGCCAACAAAUCCAAAUAAGCUCUCCAUAAUCUACGGCAAACAGCAAAGACGUAAAAAAAAAAAACAACAAUGCAAAUACAGUAAUAAAAGUAAUCCAAAUAAAAUUGUUUUACAAGUGAAAAAAGCAAUGUGUGUUAAGUCAACUGAGCCUAUGUUUUAGCAGCUUGUAAACAUGCUCAUGGCAUCUGGCAACAGCUGGUGAAGAUAAUUCAUGCACGGAAAUAACAAUAAAUAAAUAUACAAACUGUAAGAUUCCAAUAUUACUCACUUUGAGGAUUUGCAAAUUCGCUAUUUAAAUGUUAAAAACGGACGACAAAAACAACUGCACAAAUUAAACAGAAGAAUGCACAACACAUUAACAAUGUAAUAGUGUCAACAAAGGCAACAACAACAACAGCAGCAACAACAACAACAACAACAACAACAACAAGAAUCACAACAACAACUCAAACCGAGCAAAUGUCAAGCGGCGCCAAGUCAAAGAUGCUUCUGCCAAAUGUUGUUGUAAGCAGUGACUGCGAAACAACAAAAAAUUACAACAACAACACCAACGAAUAAAACGACGAGAGAAACGGCGACAGUAAAAGCAACAGCACCACCACCAUCAACAACAACAACAAUAACAAUAACAACAACAAAAACAACAGUAACAACAACAACGACAACAACAACAACAGCAACAACAACAACAACCACAGUGACGACGACUAAAGCGACAAAAGCAACAACUCCAAUAGUAACAACAACAGCAGCUAGCAAUAUAAAGCCAAAAGCUAUAACAACAACAUCUACUGUGUUUACGAAAUUAAACAAUCAAGAUAAUCACAACGAGUAUGUAGCUUGCGCUCUUAACGGUAAUGCGCGACAACAUUUACGGCACACAAUGCGUGGAAAUUUUAAUCAACGAAAUGAGCGACGGGGCAACAGCGACGAAUGGCACAACGGCCUGUGUAAAAAUAAGAGCAACAAAACUAUAAACAAUUGUUGUUGUGCUGACGAAGAGCAACAUAAGCAAAAACAACAAAGACUAUUGAGACCAAAUCUGGUGAUGAACUAUAUGAACAACAUGCAAUCAGUAGCGACACCAACAACAAUAACAACUAGUAAAAGCAUGUUGUGCGUUAAAAAUACACUCACCCACAGCAGUGGCAAUAAUAACAAUAACAACAAGCGCAUUUUAAAUGACAAUAACUCAUGUUGCCGCACUGAUAACAACAUUAAAUGGAAUUAUGAGUGCCCGGUCAACGAGAGUGAUAAUGGAAAAUCAACGCACACACACAAGCACACACCUACAGCAGCGUGCAGCAGGCUUGCCACAACCAAGUUGGUCACACUUCCAACGACAGCGGCGGCGCCAAGCUCAACAUGCAGUUCAUUGUUGUCUGCAGUGCUUGAUAGGCAGGCAGAUGUAACAACUACAACAACACAUACAACCACACACAGCAGCGCAUGUUUGCCACCAACAACGACUGCUGACACUCUACCAGCUUUGCAGUGCAUAUCCGGCAUAAAAAUGGCGAGCAAAAGUUUUCUUUCUGCCCCGAGUCGCGUGGCAGCACCUGGGGAUGAACACUCAGCAGCGCCACGUGACACUGGCAACCCCAAAUCUGACAACAAAGUGCUACAUAUCAGUGCUAGUUCCAGCGCUCUUAGCUGUGGCAGACGGAGAGGUGGCAGAAAGAGAAAGCAUUGCAAGCGGAAGCGCCAGCAGCCUACGCCAACCGGCGGCACACGAAAAUCGCAGGCAACGCACGAAAUGAGCACAAAAACAAAAGCAAAAGCAAAUACAAAAACAACGAAAUCAACAUUCAACGCCAGCAUACUGACGUCAUUCCUGCUGAAUUCCGCAUUUUUGGCGCUUUGCAAUGCCACCGCAGCCACGACGCUCUCCGCAAUGGCGGCAUUACUUGGUGGCGAUGCAGUGGGCGGUAGUUUGGCCAUGAGUGAGCCACAGUCAGCCACCACCGCGGCCAACAGUUUUUGGUACGAAAUGGCAAAUGCUAGUUUUAGCAGCAACAACAACUACAACAACAGCGGCAGUGUCAGCAGCAGCAGCAAUGAAAUGGUGACGCUCAAUGGCGGCACGUCUGAUGUUGACUACAAUGACAGCGACAAUUUGACGGCGGUAAAGAAUCGUGAAUACAUCUUCGAUCGCACAGAUGUGCGCAUCAUUUUCGUUCCACUCUAUAUCCUGGUGUUUUGUUGCUGCUUUUUUGGAAACCUACUUGUGAUACUGGUCGUAACUCUAUCGCGUCGCUUACGCUCAAUAACGAACUUCUUCCUGGCAAAUUUGGCUUUAGCUGAUUUCUGUGUGGGUCUCUUUUGUGUGCUACAAAAUUUAUCAAUAUAUCUUAUAGAAAGCUGGGUCUUCGGCAAAUUUCUUUGUCGCAUGUAUCAAUUUGUGCACUCGCUUAGUUAUACGGCGUCAAUUUUCAUACUUGUCGUUAUAUGUAUGGAACGCUAUUUUGCCAUUGUCCAUCCGAUAACGUGUAAGCAGAUUUUAACAGCGACUAGAUUGCGGUUGGCGAUUCUUACCGUUUGGGUUACAUCCGCUGUUUAUUCCACACCGAAAUUUCUCUUUAGCAAAACUAUCACGAAUAUCCAUAGGGACAAUGGUCACGUGGAGGUGAUUUGUGUGCUGGAUCGCAAGAUGUUCAAUUCACAGGUGUUGGAUAUCAUUAAUUUUGGUCUGCUCUAUGUCAUACCGCUGCUGGUGAUGACGGUGUUGUACAGCAAAAUCGCUAUCGCCUUGUGGCGCAGUUCGCACGGUCUUUCGCAUCAUUUAGUGACACAACAUCAGCAGCAGCAGCAGCAGCAGCAACAACAACAGCAACAGGACGAGAGUAUGAGCUUACAUAAUAGCAUGUAUCAUCAUCAUAAUCAUAAUCAUCAUCAUCAGCAGCAUCAGCAUCUUCAUCAGCAGUUAUCAUAUGAUCGGCAUACAACACAAAUGACGUCAUCAACACCAACGAACAACAUCAACCAUCAACAUCAUAAUCAUCCCCAUCAUCAUCAUCACCAACAUUAUCAUUUGCAACAAGCAACAACAACAAAUGCACAACAACAGCAAUUGCUCGGCAGUGAAUUAACAACUAGCACCGCCGUGUUGGGCGUGAUUGGUAUGGGCGCAGUUGGCACUGACACUGGUUGCGUUGGUGGUGGUGGUAGUGGUGGUGAUGCUGCUAUUGGCAAUAAUAUGUCGAGCGGUUUGCUGUCGCGCAGGCAAAGCAGCAAAUAUGAGAAACGCACCGUCAGCGCCACGGAGAGUCAGGUUUCACUCGAUUCCGAGCGCCCCAUCGUUUCGGCAUGUCGCAACGGCAACACCCAUAAUGAUGGCAGCGGCAGCUGCGGUGGUGGUGGUGGUGGUGGUGCUGCUAGUGGUAGUGGUGGCAGCAUGAAUAGCACACAUAAGGGCAGUUUUAUGCAACAUCAUCAUAAUCACUCAUCAACGCAUCCGCAUCCGCAUCAGCGUAACCGCGUCGCUCACAUGCCGCAUGCAUCGAAUAAUGUGCUGCGUGCCAGGCGUGGCGUUGUGCGUAUGCUCAUCAUUUUCGUGCUAACCUUUGCGCUGUGCAAUUUGCCCUAUCAUGCGCGGAAAAUGUGGCAAUAUUGGUCACAUUCAUAUCGUGGAGACUCGAAUUUCAACGCGUUACUCACGCCGCUCACCUUUCUCGUCACCUAUUUCAAUUCGGGCAUUAAUCCUCUGCUGUAUGCUUUUCUUAGUCGCAAUUUUCGCAAAGGCAUGCGUGAGCUGGUGUCGUGUUCGUGUAAGAAGAAGAAAAGCAAAUCAUCAUUGAACUCGUCGAUGCAUCACAAGCGUGUGGCAUUGCAGGUAACUCACUCACUACCAACCGACACAACGCACAUUGGCAACGAACAGCUAUGAUGACCCAUAAGACGUGUUCGCAUUCAACGACGAGUACUUGGCACACGCCCGUAGGCAGUCGCCAGCAGCUGAUUGAGUAAUUACUUAGUUGCAUAAAUAUUUAUAAUAAAAGAAUAAAUAA